UUCAUCCCCAAAGCCACCUUCCCCGCCGUGAAAGGCUGGAGAGAAUGUUCACGACCGCCAAUAUCUUGUCUUGGCCGUUCAUGCGAUCGCAAUGAGUCGCUCCAAGCUGCCGCUUUCCGAAUCUUCCGUCCUUGCGGCUUGCGAUCAAGCUGCUUCCCCCGACAACUGGCCCGAAUACCGUCUGAAUGAUGCGAAAGUCACCCUCCCCUCUGAUUCCCAGUCCGUCAGCCUCCUACUCGCCAGCGAACACUAUCCCCUUCGAGUUACUGGUCAGCUUGAAGCGGUUUCCAGAAAGCGCGCACAUCUAUGGCUCUUACCUUCAAAGCCACGGCCGAUGUACAUCGAGAUCGCCGUGCGAACAUUCGCCUAUGACGAUUCAGAUGGGGUGGCCGUGUGGGCGGCAGGAAACGCUGGAUGGUUCAAGAUAAAGCCGAGUCGCGAGUACCAAUCGGCCUACGAGGAGAUGACCGACGCCAUCACGCUCAUCUAUUUCGUGAUCGAUGCCUACACCACGAGAAGACGGCAGGGGAAGGGGAAGAGCGCCAUCACUCUCCCCGAUUACAGCCCACAAGAGUUGUUCGAAAAGUAUGCCAUCGAAAUCAUGGGUGUGGCGAAGGGGGCCUCGGAGGCGCAACGGAAGAUUUAUAAACACCGGCAGGCACUGAUGUCCUGCAUGAGAGAUGCGAAGUGGGCACAGAACCCGCUUCUGCUGCAUCUCAUCAAGAAAUUUGGGGAGGAUUGGCGACAAGUGAGGCAACGGUUAGAAGGCACUGGUACAGCAAAAGAGAAGCCGAAAUCCUCGUCAACAACCAAGAGUCUGAAAAGAAAACGAAAUCAGGAACAGAGGUUAGUGGACGAUGUUUCAAACGGUUCCAGUUCGGACAGCAGUUUGGACAGCAGUCCGCCUGUCUCCGAAAUAACAGGAAAGCCGUUCAAAGCCGCCAUGCCAAAGACCAAGGUAAAGAAGGCUUCUUUCUCUACCGCAAAACUCGCUCGGCCGAUCCGAAACAAGCAUCUCACCCAACAAGAUAUCGACGAUUGGCAACCUAGUACUCCCGCUAUGCAAGACAGCGACCUGGAAACAGGGCGACAGAAAUCAGGGCUGAGGCUUAAGAAAUCCAGCAAAGGCCUCCCAAGGAAAAGACAGCCGACAGAAAUUGUAGGCGACGAAGAAGACGUAUUACCCAACGACAUCUUGGAUGAGGGUAUUGACAUACCCAGCUCGCCUUCCUCCAAUGCAGAUGUCGUGGGAGGAGCCGAUGCCAGCGAGUUUGCCGCCCGAAAGCUGCAUCGACCAGACCAGCUGCAAGAAAAUGUCUGGAGCUGUGCGUUGGCAGGCUGCACACACAAAAUCUACGGCCCGGCCACGUCCUCGGAAACACAAAGGCUCAUCCGUGAGCAUUAUAACUUGCACGCAAAUUUCGAUGAUGAUGCACGAGUGAAGUUGGUGAAGAAAAUGACGGAACCGAGUCUCCCUACCUCCCACCUGGCGCAGAGAGUGAGGGGGUACGUGAGUAUGGAGUUGACGAGACUCGAGGGCACAAAGACCGGCGGGAGCCGAUUUCCCGACCUCGUGAAGCAGAAAUACUAGU